ACAUAUUUCUCAACGAUGUCACGUGAAUUAUGGAUUUUUCAAUAUAUGGAAUCGAUUAUCAGCGAUUGUUGAGCAUGUUCAAUUGCUAUCUGAGUCCCGAAACUCGCAUCGUUAGAUACACGUAGUUUUGAUUCAUUCGCUGCCGUCCAGUCGAUAGAUUGUUGUGGUUUGUUUGAACGCACGGUAAAUAUGCAAGUGCAGAUUUGCACUUGAUCGGUGCAAUCGAGAGUCGAUUUCUCAUUAUCGUAAUUUUUUCGUGGCAUCGUGUAAAGUGAAAAUUUGUAGAAAUUACAAUUAUGCAAGAACCGAAAGCCGUGAUAGUGUCCGGUGAAGCACCUGAAUCGGACGACGAAGUCACCAUCAGGGCGGGCAUGAGCUUCCCUACUAUGCUCGUGCAGAACACCUGCGGUACGAUCCAAGGCGAGGCUCUCGAGUCCGACGACGAGAAUAACAGUGUGAGCAGUGUCGGCUAUGCCGUCGAUCCAUCCACAUGCUCGUACACGAGCGAGGUCAGGGUGCACAAAGUCGAAAAAAGCUGCGUCAAAUAUAACAGUUUGCUUCAUAGAAAAUUGAGAGACUGCAAUAAGUCACUUGAUAGAAAUAUCAGAGAACUCAUGACCACAACAGUCAACAAUGCUGUCGAACAGUUAGUCGACACCAAUAAACAGUUAGUGAAAAGUGAAUUAACUUUGCAGGAAGCGGUGUGCAAAAUGCAGGAAUCAGCUAAUAACUUUGAACAGGCAUUGCGUUCCUUGCAAAGAACAUUGGAUGAAGAUUAUUUUCACAAUAUUAAAAUUUGAUUUAAAAUUAGUUUUUGUAGAUAAGUGAUUAUUUUUGUAUAAAACUUUGUUAAAAUUUAAGUAUUGGUUAAGUAGUAAGGAAUGUUUAUAAUGUUAAAUAAACUCUUUAUAGAAAUGG